GUUGGUGCGAUUGCGCUCAACGUCCCCCCAUGAAAGACGUCCAUUCAAUUCUGUAAAUUUAAAAAGUAAAUCGCAGUUCACUGGUAGUUUUCUUGAGGAUUAUCCAAGAUGAUUGAACCCAAGAAGAGAGCGUCGGACAUGGCGGUGGUUCCCGCUGCGGUGAAGCGGCCCCGGACGGAGCUAGUGUCCGCGGCUCAGUCUCAACAACUCGUGGCCAUGGGUCCUCCACGGAGCUCCAGCUUGCAGGCUCCCAUCAUGCUGAUGUCUGGCCAUGAGGGUGAAGUGUACUGCUGCAAGUUUCAUCCCAACGGAGCCACGCUGGCCUCCUCAGGGUUUGACAGGCUCAUAUUGUUGUGGAAUGUAUAUGGAGAAUGUGAAAAUUAUGCCACUCUGAAAGGACACAGUGGAGCAGUGAUGGAGCUGCACUACAACACAGAUGGCAGUAUGCUGUUUUCUGCCAGCACAGAUAAGACUGUAGGUGUGUGGGACAGUGAAACAGGCGAAAGGAUUAAGCGUCUGAAGGGCCACACCUCAUUCGUUAAUACCUGCUACCCAGCCCGCCGAGGGCCCCAGCUGGUGUGCACCGGCAGUGACGAUGGGACAGUCAAGCUGUGGGAUAUCCGUAAGAAAGGAGCAAUCCACACUUUUCAGAACACCUAUCAGGUACUGGCCGUCACCUUCAAUGAUACCAGUGAUCAGAUCCUGUCAGGAGGCAUCGACAACGACAUUAAGGUGUGGGACCUGAGGCAAAAUAAACUGAUCUAUAGUAUGCAUGGCCACGGAGACUCAGUGACUGGACUCAGCUUGAGCUCAGAGGGAUCAUACCUUCUUUCUAACUCGAUGGAUAACACAGUCCGUAUUUGGGAUGUUCGACCAUUUGCUCCCAAGGAGAGAUGUGUGAAGAUUUUCCAGGGCAAUGUACACAACUUUGAAAAGAAUCUGCUGAGGUGCUCUUGGUCGACUGAUGGCAGUAAGAUCGCUGCAGGUUCAGCUGACAGAUUUGUGUAUAUUUGGGACACCACAUCACGUAGAAUCCUGUACAAGCUGCCAGGCCAUGCCGGCUCUGUCAACGAGGUGGUCUUUCACCCCGAGGAGCCUGUAGUGCUGUCUGGCGCCAGUGAUAAACGGCUCUACAUGGGAGAAAUCCAGUAAUGUGUGUGUGUGUGCACUUAGAUGAGUGUGUAUGUGUGUGUGUUAGUGCGAGAGCAAGGGACUGUCCUGCCUCGGAUUCGGAUGGGUGGCGUUCAGCAGCGGGUUGAGAGUCUCUGUAAUUUGUGUGCUCCAGCUUGUCACAGAACAACCUCAGGACGUGUGUUUGAAGUUUAUUUGGCUCAGUCACAACAACCUUGAACUGAUUCAUUUUUUAUUGAUUUAUGUUUUCUUUUUAAUAAACUUCAGUAUUCUUAAAAAAAAAAAACACU